AUGGAAGCAAAGAUUUUCAUGGCCAGAGUUGCCGAUCAAUCUGAGAGAUACGAAGACAUGGUUGACUUCUUGAAGGAGAUUGUUGAAGGAUCUGAUAAAGAUGUCUCACCUGACGUUAGGAACUUGCUCUCAGUUGGUUUCAAGAACCUCAUCAGCGCUCAGAGAUCCGCCUGGAAGACUGUCCAAGCCAUUGAGCAGAACAAGAAGUAUGCUGAGUACUCAUCUGAUUGCGCUCAGUACAAGGAUAAGAUCAGCAGUGAGCUAGAGAAGAACUGCCAGAAGGUUAUCGAUAUCGUUAAUGAUAAGUGCUUGCCAAGAGCUGAAGAAGAUGACUCUAAAGUAUUCUACCUCAAAAUGAUUGGAGAUUACUACAGAUACACUGCAGAGACUGCCAGCGGAAGCAAGCUCGAAGAAGUAACUGAGAACGCCAGCAAGUACUACCAACAAGCUACUGAUGCUUCUGAUAAUCUCAAGGCAUAUAACAGCAACAAGCUAGGAUUGGCCUUGAACUACUCGGUCUUCUGGUAUGAACUGAAGAAUGACAGCUCCAAGGCAUGCGAAAUUGCUGAGAAGGCUCUCAAUGAAGCCAGAGAGAAGAUCGAUGACAUGGACAACGAUGAGGCCAGAGAUGCCCUUUCCAUCAUCGAGCUCUUGAAGGAGAACCUCGACUUGUGGAGAGAAGAAGAGGGAGAAGAUAACCAAGAUUAAAUCUAAAAGCACCGCAUUAUUCAGUAUUCUA